GAUGAUCCACGCAAUCCGCAAAACUUUAGCAGCGGCAAGAAAUGGUUGCUCACGCUGAUUCUGCUCAGUGGAUCUUCUUGUGUUGCUUGUGAUUCGAGCAUAUACACCUCUACGUAUGCUCAGAUCAUACCGGAAUUUGGAACAAAUCAGAACGUCGCAACAUUGGGUCUGACGCUCUUCAUUUUCGGGCUCGGCAUAGGGCCACUAUUCCUUGCACCCCUCAGCGAGUUUUACGGACGCCGGCCCAUCUAUCUCAUCUCCUUUGGCCUCUUCUUUGUCUGGCAGAUCCCCUGCGCCUUUGCACAGAAUAUCGAAACGAUGCUGAUUGUGCGCUUUCUCGCUGGCUUGUCCUCUAGUCCGGGCCUCUCGAUUGCUGGUGGCAGCGUUUCCGACUGCUUCGAGGGUCGGGCACUUGCCUUCCCGAUGGCAUUGUAUUCAGCCUCGCCCUUUCUAGGGCCUGUCAUUGGACCUUUGGUUGGGGGUUACAUCAACCAGUACACGCAUUGGCGGUGGACUUUCUACGUAAUGAUGGUCUGGACUUUCUUGCUUUGGCUUGGUAUCAUCUUUUUUGUUCCAGAGACAUUUGCGCCUGCUCUUCUCGUCAAGAUUGCUCGUGAACGGCGUGCUGCUGGCGAGAAUGUUCAAGCUCCGUUAGAAGUCUCUGACAAGACCAUUCCUCAAACCAUUCUCACGAAUCUGAAACGUCCCUUCAUUCUCUUGAUCGAGCCCAUAGUCCUGUUACUCAACACAUGGACAAGCGUGCUUUUGGCCAUCCUGUAUCUUUUCUUCGGAGCAUUCCCAAUCGUAUUUCGCGAGGAACACAACUUCACCCAAGCACAGAUUGGCCUAAGUUUUCUUGGGAUCCUGGUUGGUAUUGGUUUGGGAGUGCUCACAAUUCCAACAUACUGGACCAACCAACAGAGUAAACUCUUUGCAAAGCAUGGCAACAAGCCAGAGAUCAUGCUCCUGCCAGCCAUGCUCGGCUCAAUUCUUGGUCCGUUGGGUUUAUUACUCUUUGCUUUCACUCUUCGCAGCAACUACCAUUGGAGUGCACCCAUUAUUUCCACGAUCCCAUUCGGCAUGGCAGUCAUUUUGGUAUUUAGCAGCGUCUUUGCUUUCCUUGUUCGCGCUUACACACCGUGGGCGGCCUCAGCACUUGCAUCCAAUAGUGUGGAACGAUCCCUGCUUGCAGGCAUUUUCCCGCUCUUCGGCAGACAACUCUAUGAAAACCUUGGAAACAUGUGGGCUAGCGCCCUCCUCGCCUUCAUUGUGCUAGCAAUGCUGCCUUUACCAUUCUUAUUUUACGUCAAGGGUGAAAAAAUUCGGGCAAAAUCG